GCAACGCUGUUGAGAACAUACUUGACCAUCGCGCUGAAGGGAUCCGGCCCCCCGACCAGGUGAAGGGCGGCCGUGAUAGUUACGAAACGGCUGGACCGCAUCAUGUAUUGAUGAGAACUUUUCUUGUACGCGACCUUACGUCUUUCUGUGGGGAUAAGCGGAAGGAGGGUGUAAGAAGAGUAGGGAGCUUCGGUCUAGCAGGCUCGUUGGCCGUCCUUUAUACCACGUUGAGAGAGUUCCAUCUCACACGACAUACUACAGCCAACACGAGGCAGCAGUCGACAAGAUCCCAUAAAGUUCUGUUUGUGGACAUCAGGAGGAUGGUUUGGUUGACGCCACAUUUGCCUCGUCCUGGACCGACUGGGAAUUUCAGUGUUAGUACAAGGCGCCUUAAGUGGCAAGGGAGGAAAGGCGCACGUAUCCUAGAAACCUUGAAACUUUGUCUUGCACCUUCGUGUCUCAAGCCUUCGUACCUUAGUUGAGAAGUGCAAAAAAUGUCGUUAUCCAUGAAGCCUCUCAAACUAAACCCGAGGUCUAGGUUCUCGAUACUUUGUCCCCUAUUUGCCUUUGCCGGUGGCACCGU